GACAUAUUUAUACUAAAAAAAUUAUUCAUUGUCUAUCUGAAUUUAAAUUUAACUGGACAUCCUGUAUUUUAUCUGGAAACUCUAGCCUUCUUUCUAUGUAUACUCAAGCCACAGCUAAUGAUAUUUUGGUCAACAGUGGACUGCAUGUGUGAUGCAUUAUAAGAUUAUAAUGAAGUUGAAAAACUCCUAUUACCUAGUGACAUUGUAGCUGUCACAACAUUGUAGUGCAAUGCAUUACUUUUUCUACGUUUAGAUAAACAGAUACCAUUGUGUUACAAUUGUCUACAGUAUUCAGCACAAUAGCAUGCUGUAUGGGUUUGUAGCCUAGGAGCAAUAGGCUAUACCAUAUAGCCUCAGUGUGGAGCAGGCUAUACCAUCUAGGUUUGUGUUAAGCACCCUCUGAUAUUUACACAAUGAUAUAUUCACUUCAUGACUCAUUUCUAAGAAUGUAUCCGCAUCGUUAAGCAACACAUCACUAUGCUUUCUUCUUCCAUAUGACAGAAAGCCUCUUGUGUAUGGAUUUCUCUUACUAUGACAGGGACUAGGGUGGCAUGCUUCUUGACGAAUUAACCCUAAAGCUCACCACCAAUUGAAUAGAGCCUCUGUGUGUUGUAGCUGAAAAUUUAAGUUAGAAAUUUAAGAUUGGUUGUUGGCCGACCAAUGAGUUGACUGGCCUUGGGCCAGGUUUCCACCUUGACAGAACUGUGGUGGUACCAAGAUGACCACCUUUCCAGGCUUUUUUACCCUUCCCUAUGAAGCCCUGCACGAUUGUCCCCUGUUCACUUCUCUAGCCUUUUCUCUACUCUCUUUUCCCUCCUUUAUUCUGCCUCAUUCCUCCUGGUUUCUUUACUAUUGUUCCCAUCCUAGGGCCUUUGCUGUUCUUCAGAUGUAUCAGGCAUGCCCCCAUCCUAAAAUGUUCUUCAGAUAUCUAUCUAGCUAACUUCCUCACCUUCAAGUCUCCUUACAUGCCACCUUCUCAGUGAAGCCUGCCCUGACCACCCUAGUUAAAAUUGCAAUCCAAUUUCCCUUACCUGAUUUCUUCUUUUUUAGAAAUAACAACUCUCAAAUUCUAAUGUGUAAUUUGCUAGUUUAUUAUGUUGUUUAUUGCCUCUCACGAAGUCAAAGAUUUUUGUCGUUUUGUUGAUGUAUUCUAAGCACUUAGAUAUAGUAGCCAGUCAAUAAACAUGUGUUGAAUGAAGGAGCAAAAAAAGCCUGAGCCACUUGCAGCUUUUCAACCUUGGUGGGAAUAUCCAGUGUCUGCAUUCAGUAAAUCAUAUUUGUUGGGUAACUAAUGAAUUAUUAGGAUUUAGGAAUUGACACACGUUAUCCAAAUUCAAAAGAGACCUAUUUCUAAAUAACAAUUCCCAAUUUAUUAAUUUCUGUAUGUGUUACCAUGUUAUCUACACUAGCUGGUCAGGGUAUUUGCCUCCCCAGGGACAAGUCUACUUGGGAAAUCAAUUGUAUCCGAAGGCUGCUUGUUAAUUUAAUGACAAAUAAAUUGAUUGUAAAAGAUGGUACAGUAUAAUCAAUCAUGAAUACUCCUUGUCACUUUAAAGAUACAUCUGAUAAACAGAUACUUAUAACACCAGGGCAGUAUUUUGCUGGACUUUGUAAAAAUAAUAGUCCAGUCAUCAGCAAACUUAUAAACUUAAGGGGUUAAUUCUGAAGAUUGCUGAUCUUUAUUUUAACCAUGUUCACCAAUUCUGAGAUGUCAUAUGGUUUGCAUCUUUCCACUGCACCAAAUAUGGGAGAUAGUAUAUACAUGUAUUGCUUCUUUCACUUGCAAAUUGGCAUAGUGCAUAUAUACAAGGUCUUUCCUCUUGAAGAAUUUUUUGGGCUACCCAGGCUCAGAAGAAGUUUUGUUCAUAGGAGAGAAGAAAGUGUGUUUAGGGUAUAGUACUUUAAAACAUGCUAGGCUUUCUUUUUGCAUCCCACUUCCAUAAACUGACUUAGAAUACUCAGAAAAGAAAAAUCUUGACAACUGCCACAUGUAGAAGUGGUAGAGUAACAGGGUCACAUGCACAACAGAGCAUGAGCUGCUGCAGUGUCAGGCAAUAUGUGAACUUUUAUAUUUGUUUUCCAAUUAAGAGAUUACAUUAGUUUGCCAUUUUUCUCAGCCUAUGGGUAGAUGUGUUCUAUUUGUUAUGCUACUUGAUUGUUUAUUUUCCAGAUCCAUUGUUUAUUGUGUCAAGUGAGAAGGACCAUACACAGGCAAAUAUCCAAGCCACCCUGAUUCGCAGCAGACUGAAAAAAGUUCCCAGGUUUAAAACCAUGUUCAGUAACCUGAUCCAUUAUCCAAGAUACUCUCUAUAUUGGAGCAAAUCAGAUCCUGUCCCACCAUUUAUCAGUCGGGAAUGGAAGCGACAUGAGGAGAGACACAGAGAAGCCCUCCGGCAGCUUACCAGAACUGACACUUCUUUUCAGAUGCCUAGAGAAGUUUAUGAAGACCCUGAAGUUACUGGAAAGAAUCGCUAUAAAUACUUUGAAAGGCCUUUUCUUCCAUUUUUUCAGCAGAUGCCAUUCAAUGUUGUUUAUGCUGUAUCCAAGGCAGAACCAUAUACUUUUCUUCCUACUUCUACUAAGCGCCUAUCCAUCCCUUCAAAGUCUACCGUGGGCACUCAGACUGAUUAUCGGGAUGCUGACGUUCAAACAGAUCCAUACUCUCCAGAAUAUGUAGUAUACCAGGACUCAAUCCCUGAGCUCUUGACCCUGGCUACUCUUACUUGGGGUCGGGGUCUCCCAGCAGGACAAGCCGAGGUGGAGAUGAUAGAAAGAGCCCGUGAGAAGCGUGCUUGGGAAGCCACCCUUCCCCCUCUGAGUGACACCUUCCAGUAUGAGAAGAGGAGGAAGAUGAUGAAUGAAAUGGAGAGGAAGGAGUGGGCCUUCAGAGAGCAGGAGAUUGAAAAACUGCAGGAGAUUCGUCUGGAAGUUCUAAAAGAGCUGUUGAGGAAGCGUGACGAGAAUCAGAAUGAAGUGAAUAUGAAGCACCUGAAUGCCCGGUGGUCAAAACUGCAGGAGGCAAAAGAGGCAAAAAUGGCAAAAAUUCAGCACACACAUAUAUCAACAAUCAGAAAACUUGUAGGAAAGGGAAAGAAUAUAGAAGGGAAGCUGGAGAGAAGAAAUAUCAUCAAGGACUAUUCUGAUUAUGCAUCACAGGUCUAUGGACCUCUGUCUCGUCUUGGGUGUUUCCCAGACAACAACUCAGAGGACUUUGUAGUAAAAAAUUGCUAUCUCAACACCUAUGAAGGAUUAGUCGAACUUGAGUCAUGUCUCCCAGAUUUUGUGACACAACCCCGAAUCAGAGCUCCAAAACCUAAAAUCAUUACCACCAAAGCCGGUUUUCUGAAGAGAGCAGCAAGGUUGGACUAUGAGUUGGCAGAGAUUCAUAAGGCACUGUUGGAUAAGAAGAAUAAAAUUCUUGAAGCAAAGAAACCCCCUCGUUUCCUUCAAAGAAACCCAGUACCUCAACCUCGGCUUCCAACUCCAACCUUGGAAAUGACUUCCAACGAAGAAGAAGAAAUAGAAAUGGCUGUGAUCUACCUUCAAAAGUUACUCCGGGGCAGAGUCGUUCAAAACAUGAUGUUUGAAGGGAAAGAAAAACGACUGGAGUUGAUCCAGGAGUUACGCACCUGCCACGCACUACAAGAAGAUGAAAAGCUGGUGAAAAAUGCUGAGAAGCAAGUGACCCUGAACUCACAGCAGAAGAGGAACUUGCAUGAACACAAGGUGUCACUGGUUGAAAAUCAUUUGGCUGGACUGGAAGGAAGGGCACUGGCAGACAUGUUUGACUUCCUGUCCAAAGAGCUGGUGAGACUGCAGGAGGAGAGGAGGAUCCAUGCUUUUGUCAUGCUGGCCGAGCGCCAGCGGCGGGUACGAGAGGCGGAAGAGAGUGGUCGGCGCCAGGUGGAGAAACAGCGCCUGCAGAAGGAAGACCAGAUAUUUAAGGAGGUAGUUAAAAUUCACCAUAGUACUAUAACCUCCUACCUAGAAGACAUAAUACUGAAUACCGAAGCGAAUACUGCAGAAGAACAAGCCAGGGCAGAAAUUGAGAAGAUGGCUGAGAAAAUCAAUGACAUUGCUUAUGAAAUGGAAAGCCGCCGAACCUAUCUUCAGUCAGAGGAGAUUGUUGCAGAGUUGGUUUAUAGUUUUCUGAUCCCAGAAGUGCAAAAAUACUUUGUCAAAGAAAAAGUGAGGAAUGCACAGCGGAAACAUAUUCUUGCAGCCCAUCAGCUCAUCCACGGGUACAUGGAAAGCAUGGUUCAAGAGAGAUUAACUGAGGGACAGCAAGGUGAGGUCUCAAAUGCUGCCAUGUUACUUGAGAAAGAAAAUGAGAACAACAGUUAAGAUUAUGAUUUUAAAAAAGAAGCAGCAGUAGCUGUAUGAAUCAUCACAAAGAAUUCCAAUAGUCUGGACUUCUCCCAAGGUGUGCAGUGCUCAUAAGCUUGCUAGUGUGUGAUUCAUGAGAAAAGAGAUUUAUUUUCCUUAAACACUCAAUAAUUUAAAAUGAUUUUUAGUAAUAAUAAUUAUCAAAUGAAAAACCUUUAUUCUCUUUGGUGUUUUCUAGAUGCCCUACUUAAAGAACAUUUUCUUAUGUUCCAUUUCAAUAUUUUGUUAACUGUGAGGACGUGCUGGCUUUUUGAAUCAAACAAAAGGAAAUAUGGAAUAUUUUUCCAAAUAGUUUUGGUUCACUAUUCACAGGACAUUGGCAUUGUCUACUAGAGUUGAAAAUAUGCAUAUUCCAUGACUCAGGAUUUUAUCUCCUAGAUAUGUAUUCAGCAGAAAUACAUGAGUAUGUGCACCAACAGGCAUGACAAGAAUAUUCAUAGUAGUGCUAUUCACAAUAGUCCCAAACCAGAAACCCAAGUGUCUGUCUCCAUUGGAACAGAAAAGUAUACCUUGGUCCACUUCUACAGUGGCAUAUCAACCCACCUUUGGAUCUAAGAAGUAUGUUCAUGCAACAGCCGUAGAGACGGUGCUGUUGAAAGGCCAUCUGCCCAUCCUGUGUAUUGACAAGCAUCAGGAUUCCACGAUGAUUCUUCCUCAUUCAAAGACUGGCAAACAGAAAAACACAGUAAAUGAACAAAAACAUCAAUAUGGAGCUCAAGUAAAUAAUUUAUAAAGGAAAAUGUAUACUACUUUGAAAACAAUAAAAGCUUAUGUUAGAAAAUAUCUCACUGUAAGAAAUAAAAAAAUUCAGAAACAUUUGCUUGGUGUCUUUAAUAGGAGUCAAAAAGAAAGGGUCUUUUCAGAAACUGAAGUAGGGAGUAAUAAGAACAGACAAGGUCAAAAAAUAGACAGAUGCAGGCUGAAAAGAAAAGAAAGUGGGCUAAGAUGGAAAAAAUGUAAAAAGAUUCUAAUCCAGCGACAAAAUUUACACAUUCACUUGGAUGCAGUGAAAAGAGCAGAAACAUCACAGCAGAGAAUAAAACUGAUAAUGUUGGUGACACAUUUAUUAGGUGAUCCAACAUGAGAUGGGAAGGAAUGGGCAAAGAGAUGAAAAUGACAGAAGUUAUCUCUAGAUGACCUAUCCCAUGGCAAUAGGAGUUCUUGAAGAAGAAACUAGAACAAAUAAAAUAGAAGCAAUCACAGUUAAUAAUUAAUUUUCUGAGUUAAAAAAACAAGCUGAUCAUACAAACUUGAAAGGGUUCACCUUGCCCUAGCAAAAGUAGGAUUGGGGCAACUGAGGCAACUUUUUUCCCCCUGAGGAUAACUGGCAAGAAAAAAAAAAAAAAAACAGCACCAGUAAGGAAGCAUCUAAAUUUUGUUUUGUUUUAAAAAUGCUAACCUAAACUAGGUAAAGGUUAUAUUAUUCACUUUUGAAAUAAAACAUCGGGAACACAAAAUGAGAAACACAAAUGAUGGGAUAGAAGGUGGGAGGGGAAUGCUAUACAGCUGGGAACGGCAGAUUUUCUGUAAAGGGCCAGAUGGUAACCACAUUAGACUUUGUGGGUCAGAUGAGUUGAGAGCUGAGUUGAGUACACAGCACAUUUUAACGGUGUACUCAACUCUGCUGUUGCAGGGUAAGAGCAGCACUAGAUGACACAUAAAUGAAUGAGCAUGACUGUCUUCCAGUAAAACUUUAUUUUAGUUAAAACCAAUACGUUUGAAAUAGGAUUUAAAGUUGCUUCUAAUAAAGGACAUAUGUAAUAAAACUUAAAAUAUAUAUUUUUAAAUAAUCUUUAUCCUUACAUAGUCUUCUAAAACUAAGUUUUG